AUGGAUUGGGCUGGACCUAGACUACGCGAGUACGAAGACCGGCCACUCAAUGCCGACGCUGAAGAGAUCCGUCUCAUUCGCCUGCUUCCUGGGGACUUCAACGAUGAUUUAGAAGUGAAGAUCUUCCACGCGCUAUUUGUCGAGCCAGAACCUGCAAAGGAUACUCGACUCGGCUUGGAUGAGAUCCGAAAGACACUACCGCAUCCUUGGACGGUUUGGGAGACGAAGGAAGGAAGAUAUAUCUACUCUAAUGAUUCUGAAAACGUUUCAAAAUGGACGCAUCCUGAUCCAAAAUUAGACGAGGAGCUGUUCGGAAAUGGGAAGUCCUUCGAGAUGUAUCCUAAUUUCGAGCCAAGAUAUGAAUCGCUAUCGUAUGUGUGGGGGACAGAGGAAGCCAAAUCAAAAGUUCAUGUCGUUCAUGACAGUCUUAUGGACGUUCCGAGUCUAAUCUACGUGAGGUCAAAUCUCUAUAAUGCUCUAAAGUACCUCCGAGAUCCCCUCAUGGAAAGAGUCCUUUGGGUCGACGCUAUCUGCGUCAAUCAAGCAGAUGUUCGCGAACGCAACCGUGAAGUCGCAAAUAUGGCUCGAAUUUACACCUUCGCUUCGCGCACCAUCAUCUGGCUUGGUCUGGAGGACGAGUCUGGUGCAAGCAAGCGAGCAUUCGAAAUCCUUGGCUUCAUCGGUGAACAAUUUGAAACGACCACUGAAAGAGGCAUAUUCGUCACACCAGGAUUUAAGAACCGCAGCGCAUCCGACACCGCGUUUCCAUCUGCUUACGUGCACCCGCGGUCAUUAUUAUCCGUCACGUGUGAUAGAACAGAACAAGUCGGACCCAUCUACUCUAAUGCAGAUUGGGAGGCUAUCGAGAUCCUUACUCGUUCCUGGUGGGACAGGCUGUGGAUAUGGCAGGAAGCUAGACUUGGCUACCGAAAAGCCAUCGUGCAAUGCGGACCUGGUACGAUCCCCUGGUCUUCUCUAGCGCAUUCCACCGCUGCAUUUUCUCUCAGUGGAAAUCUUAUAUUCGGUGCCUCGUUCAAUGCUUCGCUUGUGGCUCAACGUAGACAUUUAUUUGCCGGGGGCAAGUGGGAAGACGACAUCGAGCAUCUAUUGGUGGGCACGCAGAAGGCCCAGUAUACGGACGAACAUGAUCGCAUAUAUGCAUUCCUUGGUCUUGUUUCACCUAGAUUCAGAGCCAAUAUCGCGAUUGACUAUUCCCGGAACGUAUUUGAUCUCUUUUACGACACUUGCGUAGCCAUGAUCAAUGCGUCCGGCGGUGUAUUUUUUUCUCCGCUUUUGCAACUGGGACCACGAUAUGCCACAAAACAAACCAACGUGGGUCCCCGAUUGGAAUGA